AUGGCCCGGGCCCAGGCUCCCCGCCUGCAGUUUCUCGCCUGGGUUCGUCGGCCCUUUGUGGGGCUCUACCAGUGCCUGCGGAGGCUCUGGAGCGCCCGCGUGAAGGACUCUUUCGUGAAGCAGGAAGAGGAAGAACAGAUCCCUCCAGUGGAGAGAAUUUUUCACAAGGAAAAAAUGGUGGUGCUUGGCCAGAUGCUGAAGGACAAAUCUCUGGCCAUGGAAAACAGGGCUCAGGCGGCCUACCGAAUCGGACUGCUGGCCUUCACAGGAGGCCCGGCGGCAGGGAUCUUCGCAAGUGAGUACAUGAAGGAGGUAGCCCUCUUGCUGCAAAAUCACCAGAUGGCACCAAAGGCGAGAAUCCUGCUGCUCCAGGGCGUGGCGUGCUGGUGCUACCUGGACCCCACCAGCCAGCGGCGAGCCCGGUGUCUGCAGUUCAUCCCGAUUCUCACCGCGACUUUUGACAACCCGCUUGAGUUGACCUCCAAGAGUGAAGUCAACAGCCACCUCCUGGUGAAAUUUUGGACGUGCUACGUCCUCUCUGUGAUGACGUGCAAUAACUGCGCCUUCAUGGAGGAGCUGAAGGAGCACAGCUCCCUGAAAUACCACCUGCAGCAGCUGGCCAACGAGAACUGGUCUGGGUGGCCGGAGAACUUCGCGCAGGUGCUCUAUUUCCUGAUCGGUUUCCACAAGAAUUAA